CCCAUGAUUCCACGCUCCCGUAGCGACUGCAAGAUGGCGGGUACGGUGCGGUGUUUCGACAUGGCUGGGGACUAUUUUGCCAAAGUUUAAUGCUCGUCUCGCUCCCGUGGUCUUGGGUUCGACCAUGGCCAACGAAAAGGUGGAAUGGGUGGAGAUAAUCGAACCCCGCACCAAGGAGCACAUGUACGCCAACCUGACGACGGGCGAGUGCGUCUGGGAUCCACCCAUAGGCGUCAAGAUCAAGCUGACCGAUGACAACCAGUGGUGGGAGCUGUUUGACCAGAACACGUCGCGCUUCUACUACUACAAUGCCAGCAGCCAGCUGACCGUCUGGCACCGACCAAAGAACUGUGACAUCAUCCCACUAGCCAAGCUACAGACGUUGAAAGAGAGCACAGAGCUCGAAGAGCAGAUCUUGAGGUCACCGGUUAGGAAAGAGUCCGUGGGAACGCAGACCAGAGUACGAGAGGAACCAACAACAUGCACCGUCUCCACGCAGACGAGUCCAGCCCCGUCUCCACGGCAACACCGCAAGCGGGAAGCGUUGCGGUGUGGGGCGCAACUGCCGCUGCACCACUACAUCCUGGAGCAGGCCAAACUGCUGGGCUAUCGGCUGGACCUGUUCGAGGACGGCUCUUCGUCGUCGGCCUCCUCGGCGGCCGGCGACUGGGGCCACGACAACGACGACGAGGAAGACUUUGCGGACGACGAGGCCAUGAGUGCGCCGUCCUCGCCGUCGUCCUCGCAGGACGAGGGAGACGGCCACGACACUGCUGCCGGUCGCUUCUCUGCUGAGAGUGAUAACGGCAGCUGGACAUCGGGCUCUCCUGUGGGGCACCCUGCGGCCACGCAGCACGCUUCCCUGCGACGGGUUGGCCACUCCCGGCCGGAUGGUGGAAGCCUGCUGGAAAAGUCACAGUCAUUCCAAGUGGCGGGGGGCUCCCGGGAGGCAUCGCCCGCUCUGCGGCCGCUGUCCGCCGAGCGCAAGCCCCCGUCUGAGAGCGACAUCGUCCAGUACGCCCAGGACAACCUGAACCGGCACAAGCGGGGCCUGUUCCGCCGCAAGUUCUCCCUGCGAGACAUGCUCUCCUGGUCCAAGGACCCCAUUCGACAGCCCAUGAUUAUGACCACCGACAAGUCCCUGAAGCACGACGCCUGCCACCUAUUCAAGCUCAUACAGGCUUACAUGGGUGACCGCAAGUGGAAAGCCACACCCGAGCAGGUGUCCGUGGAGAUUGCCACGCGCGGAUGGAGUCAGGCGCCGCUGCGGGACGAGCUGUACAUGCAGAUCUGCCGGCAAACGACUGACAACCCACGUGCCGAGAGCCUACUGCGAGGCUGGGAGCUCAUGGCCGUCUGCCUGGGAAUCUUCCCUCCGUCGGCCACGUUCCGGCCAUACCUGGAGAGCUAUGUCCAGCGGCAUCGAGACGACGUUGCAGUGGGUGCCUAUGCCGGUGCCUGCGCGCAACGCCUCGAGCGUGGUGCCCAGUGCGGGCCCAAGCGGGGCCUGCGGCGGCCGACGGCCGAGGAAGUGGCCCAAUCGAGAGCGCACCUCUUCCGGCCGUCCAUGUUUGGCAGCCGGCUGGAGGAAGUGAUGGCGUUACAGUGUGAGCGCUUCCCCGACCGGUGUCUACCCUGGGUGCAGACAACGCUGUCGGAAGCUGUGCUGCGGUUGCACGGCGCCCAGACGGAGGGCAUCUUCCGCGUGCCGGGAGACAUAGACGAGGUCAACGCCCUAAAGGUGCGGCUAGACGAGUGGCAAACCGUAGACUGCACCAGCGGCGGCGACCCACACGUGCCGGCAUCGCUGCUCAAGCUGUGGUACCGAGAGCUGCACGACCCUCUCAUACCGGCCGCUUUGUACCAGGAGUGCGUCGACUGCUGUGGCGAGCCUCAGGCGGUGCUGGCGCUCGUCCGGCGCAUGCCCGAGCUCAACCAGCGGGUCCUCGCCUAUCUCGUCCGGUUCCUGCAGGUUUUCGCUGCCCCCGAAAACGCUGCCCUCACCAAGAUGGAUGCCAGCAACCUGGCCAUGGUGAUGGCACCCAACUGCCUACGCUGCACGUCGGACGACCCGCGGGUCAUCUUCGACAACACUCGCAAGGAGAUGGCGUUUGUGCGAACCCUCAUUCAGACACUGGACACUAGUUUCAUGGAGGGUGUCCUAUGACCCCUGCCGACCUGCGCCGACCUUCGCUGCUCCAAGCAGCGCCGCAUCGGCAGACAACUGGGCUAGUUCGCCGUUCACAUUCGUCGUCGUGACGAGACGCUGACGUGAGAAAGACUAGCGGCAUUGAAAGCCUGAGGCAGCUCGAGGAGAACGGUACGGAGGCCACACUUGUGAUAGAAACUGCGGUAGGAGAACGACGGGAAUGUUUUGCAGCUAGGCCUUGCUCGAGUGCGAACAGUUGCCAGCGGAUGGCAGUGGCUUUUUUUUGGUGCCGUUUUAUUUGCCCGUCGAUGGUGUUAGUCUUGCCUCGAGUUGGUCGUGUCUCAGCUGACCAGGGUUUGAGUGUUUUGGUGACGCUUUCAGCCACUGCUAGUCUCUAAGAAACUAGCAUUGUUUUAAGCAAGUUUCCAGUACGUACUAUAUACUGUCUAAGACACAUUUCGCGAGUUGAUGUGCGAAAGCACACGGCGAUGUGGCUACGCAACUUGGCGUUACAACGUUCCCGGUUUUUCUAAAGCAGUCUGCUGCCCUUCAUCUCGGAUGCUUCGUCGCCAGCUGCACGUUGCUCUGUUACGCGGGGUCCAUCUGUUACUGUUAAUAUCAUUAUCAUCAUUAUUAUUGUCACUCCCGCAAUGCAGAUUCAGUCAGCUGCGUCAACAUUGGUCUGUCGGCACCUUGCCCAUUUGGCGGUGACACAGAACAACCGGUGGUGGCUGCCUCAGCCUCUUUGAUGCCGCUGGCCUUCGUUCCUCUUGGUCGUGCAUCACCGCCGACAUUCUUGUUGAAUUGCGUUUCUCGGUAAACGUUGCCAGGGGGCGGUGUUUCGACUUCCAGGCAUCAUAAAUUCUGACCCGUGGUGCCCGCUUCUACCGACAUCUAGAAGAACAUAGCUAGAAGUUGGUCAGGCAUGUUGUGCCCGACGGUGUGCCUCGCAAUCGACAGCUGCCACAUGUGCCUGGCACCACUAAACAAAGAUGCAGCAGUGGUACUGUCAAGUUGCAUAGCUUGCAUUCUGUCAGGUGUGACUGUCACGCGACACCUCACGAUGAACGGCUUGCCAACAUGCCACUGCUCUAUUCUCCUAGCACGUUGGCGGGCCUUGUUGAUAAUGCAGUUUCACGUUGCAUUACUGCAUCGCGGGCGUGUUUCGAGUUGUUUCCCUUCUGCCCUUGAUUGGCUUUGAACUGCGAGAUGCCUCGCAAGAUGCCGUUCAGCCUAUCACGAGGCAGUCUAUGACAGCAAUGAGCUUGUAGACUAACAAGGAUUUACUCAGCAUAACUGUUUUUCGUGUUGCUAUUCUCAAGCUAAGUAACCGGUAUCAAGCGUAGGGUUAAGGAGCUGACGAAACAUUACUUAAUAGCUCACUACUCUGACUUAAAUUAACUCCAUUUCUGACAUUGUAGUACACCAGCGCUUGGUAGGCUGUUACAUGUUACAUUCUCGAUACUGCCUAGGAUCGUCAGGUCAGACGUUUCAGUAUUCGAUAUGACUCAUGGUCACCAGGCACGACGCACGAACGACUUUGAGUCUGUGGGGCGAGUCGUAGCCUUCCGCUGCAUUUACGGUACCGGUGCGCUGGAACGGUGGUGGGUUCCAGUUUGAAAGUCCGUGGUGGUAACUUUUACCGAUCAUCACCACAUCAUUGUUCACUUUUCUUUGUAGAGAGCAGCAAACGUCUGAUUGUGCCUACACUGGGUGGUGUUUUGACGGGCCGCUCUCGGGACUGUUAUUUAGUCCGGUGCAUUCAUUCGCGAGGGGGUCAUAGAGACAACCGCGUUUUACAUUGUCAUAGUAGUGCUCUUGUUCAUUGGACCCUUUGCAGUGCUUACCUUGUAUCGCGUGAUCGGGUUUCGUGCAAUCGCUGGGCGUGGUUUGGACAACGCAGAGGGCAGUAUCCUCGUUCACAACAUUGCCUCGUGUAUGCAGAGGCAAGUGCCUGCCUCUUCUGCACUCGCUGAAUUGUUUACUUGGCAGUGACCGACAUAUGUUCAAGCCAGGGCAAGCUAACUCUUCCUCCAAAGUAAACUCUCUCAGAAAAGCUGUGUAUUGCAUGUGUUCCUGGAUUAUCAUCUAAGCAAGAAAUGUAGUGCUACAUUCCGUCUUCCAGGUUUUUUUCGUGCCGGAUGACAGCUUUGUGCAAUUUCGUUUCAUUGAAAUGUGCAGUUCAUUUUUGCACUCUUCCAUUCGCUACCUAAACUUCAGCACUCUGUGGGAGCGUCAGUUUCAGCGUAAAGUUCUCAACUGUCGAAGAAACAGGAGUACAGCUUGCACGUUCAAGUUACAGAUGAUAGUCAGCAGCGGGUGUGCUCAAAGCGAAAAUACGUGACACGGAUGAUGCACAUGGCAAAAAUGCGCAUCUGGUGCGACCGUCAGAUGACAGUCUGAGCAUCUCAGCCAUAGUUGUGCACAGCACUCCUCUGUCAGAUGGUCCCCAAACUUGUCAGUGGAACUUUGUGUCACACUCCCUCAUACCUUUUUUUAAAUCGCAUGGUUUAGUACGAAGUUCAUGCCCUUACGAAAGGAAGCACCAAAUUGUGACAAUGAUCUGCUACAUCUUCCUUCAACCUUUUUAGAGCACACGCCACAAGUGAGCCUAAUAUAAAAAUUUUAGAAAGUUAUUUCCUAAGUAAGGAUAGCUUGAGUUACAGCACUGCAUCACUUCCUCAGCCCAUCACUUUUAUCGUCGACUUAGCAUUUUGUUUUAGCACAACUGUGGUGGUGAGUUCCACCUUUGUACUGGAAAAGAACAGGCAGAAAACAUUUGAAUGAAAGGAAUUGCUGCAUCGCACAGGGCACGGUGUUUCUAAUCUUGAGAGCAGCCAUCGAUUUUCCAUGUGUAAUUGACGAUGCAAGUGCAGUGGGCCGAACAGCUUAACAGCGAUGUCGCAUUUGUUUAUUAUUACCUUUUGUUUUCACAGGAAAUGUAUCGAGGCAUUUAAAAAGCGCUUUCAUCUUCAUCGUCUUGCUGGGGAGGCAGUUGGAUGCACUUAAGCACAAACCUCUGACACUCAUUGUGCUAUGGCCAUUGUCACCUGUUAAUGUUCUCUUUCUUCCCAUGUCAUUUUCCAUCACUUCCUAUCUUUCAAAGGGACACUGGAGAGAAUACAAUGGAAUCUCGUUGAUAUGUUUUUCACGGGAACCGGAAAAGAAGUUGUAUUAUGCAAAAAUCGUAUUAACCAAAGCGGUUGACUGGGAGCAAAAAGAAAAACGCAUUAGGCCGAAAAAUGUAUUAUGCAGAAUCGUAUCAACGAGAUUCCACAGCAAUCAGCUAUCCAAGAUAGCGCUUUCUGCGUACCAUAGAUUCCACGGUCCCAGUGCUCACGAAUCAAAACACAGUCACUUGAUGGUGACGUAAUGCGCACACUUUCAUUUUCCAUCCACCACGGCGUUCUAGUGUGGUUGUAGUGCUCGACUGCUGAACGAAAGGUCGUUGGAUCAAAAUCCCGGCCGUGACAGCCGCGUUUCGAUGGAGGCCAAGUGCUAGAGGCCCAUGUGCUUGGAUUUAGGGGCACGUUAAAGAACCCCAGGUGGUCGAAAUUUCAGAAGCCCUCUACUAUGGCGUCUCUCAUAAUGAUAUUGUGGUUUUAGGACAAAAAACCCCAGCAACUAUUAUAUUCAUUUCCACCAUCUUUAGUUCGUGUCCCAUUGGAGUGAUAUAGGCUUGUACACUUGCAUCAGAGCCCUUACACCACCUUUAGUGGCCAGAUUCAUAGCGACAUGACGUGGUUGCCUUGAGCAGUUGACCAUGCCAGUUGUUAUACUUGAAGUUUCUAUGUAACGCUUCAAGUACCGUACAUGCCAAUGUAGAGCAUCAAAUGCAAACACAUUGGUUAAAAUUGUGAUGCGUAGAGUGGUGUGGUGUGUACACCUUGGGCCUGAUUGGAUCUGAUUGGAUCUGCUGAAAAAUCAAGCACUCUAUGGAACAAAGGACACAGUGCACAGUAGUGUAAACAAAAGGGCAUUUAUUGCUCUUUUUUUAAUACGCCAGUGCCAGUUAGCCAAAUUGCACUACGAAUGUGGCGUGCCAAUGGAAGACCUUGUGUUAUCGAGGAGGUUCGUGGAGCCACACGAGGUUUUUUGAGCUAGUAAUGUUGGCCCCUGCCAGAAACCCAUGCCUGUGUCGUUCACCGGUGAAGUCUCGCAGCAAAGGCACAUUCGAGAGCACAGGAACGCAUCCGAGGGUCAGUUCAGGGGAUAUCGAUCACGCACGACAUUGACUCCUAGCCAAGGAGGAGGAAACGCAUUCCUCUUACACUCAAGUAAACACAUCAGCAGGUGGCACCAACACAGGGAAAUUCGUGCUGUCCUUCAGACUACUGCAUAACUAGCUGACCUCAGCAUCAUAGGUGCCAUCAGGGGAAGCCAGAUUUCAGGCAACACGAGGGUCAUGCGGGGGAAAACAUGCGACAGUGUCGAGCAUCCCCUAAGUGAUCUUGCAAAAGAAACUUCAAAAUGUGUUUACCCGGUGCCAGUAUGUAAUCAUAUAAUCAUUUCACUGGCUUAAUUGUUUUUGCCAGUGUUUUACAUAAGGCAUAUCUUUAAAUGAUUGGCGAGUGGGUGCUUUUGAGUGUGGUACAAUUGACUGUUACCGUGCCCAGUUGGCCUGAAACAUCGAAUCGGCUUGAAACAGAUCCGCAGCUGCCCAAUACAUCUCUCACAGCUCCAAUGUUGUUUUCAGGAUGUUAGGAGCUGUCAGUCGAGAACUUUUCGUGCGAAUUGACUGGAAUGAGUGAAAACGGGGUGAAAUUGAACGAAAUCACACCAUUGGCACCGAUUGUUUUUGGCACAGAAUUAGGCAGGAACUGAUAAAGUUUGUCUUUCUUUUCGUGCACUGAUAACCAAAAUGCAGAUAAUAUUUUGAGAGAAUCGGUUACGGCUUGGAACCGAUUUGUCAUGUCUCUCCGGCGUCCCUUUGUACUAAGCACUCCUCCUCCGGCGUCCCUUUGUACCAAGCGCUCCUCCUCCAGCGUCCCAUUGUACCAAGCGCUCCUCCGUCUCGCCUCCCCAUGCAUCCUGUCGUUAAAAGCAUUCCUUUUCUGUCGUCUCACCUCAUUUCUCGGAAGUAUUACCAGUAAACAGCACCCUCUUCUGCAGCGACUAACGAUCUCCAGCCACUUCUUGAACGUUGAAUUUACCGCUGUAAAGCACAAGACACGUGAUGCAAUUGUGCGUGUCACCCAGUGUGCAGCCAUUGUACCUACAGCUGUGACCAGCAAGCUUUUAAAGGGGUACUGACACGAAAAUUUUCAGUGGUCACUUUUUUGCGUCAAAUGAAAGGCCAAUUCCUCAAGACCCUAGAAAAUGUACUGGUAAGCAUGAGUGCACUCUGAAAAAGCUAGUUUCGGUUCCUACUGUACCCUGACGUCACAACACGGUAUGAGCCUCUUGUCACGUGCUCGCACGAAGUAUCUUGACGUUUCCACAGCCGCUCCGCGGCUCCGUUGGUGAUGCACAAGCGGUUAUUUUGAAUGUUUCGGUACCUGACGUCAUCACAACUAGCCCUACUGGUGCUCGAAGUCACCAGAAUCGAUACUGUAGCCUGACGUCACAAUAGUGUCGAUGCCAGUAGGUGCGUUGCGAGAAAAUCGACUUUAAUGUCCAAAUAAAGUAUCCUAUCAGCAUUUACUGAGCUUCACACUUGCUCAGAGCUGUGUGUAUUCAGGAGACUUGUAUUGCAGAGUAAACUCGGCUUUGAAGAUUGUUCUCCAUACCGCUUUAAUGGAUGCUGUCAGAUUCCGUCGGGAACUGCCAGAUUAUCUGACAGGUCUCGGCAGUUGGGGCGGCCACUUUUCAGACGCGCUGCACAUUGCGUCGGAUGGCAUGUCAUUACUUAGUGUGUCGUACACGCUAGCGGAGCAGUUUCUUCAUCCGAUUCAUAACUGUUGCAUUUCAGUUUUACACUUUCCCGGUUUCUGCGUCCAUAUUGACGCACGUCACACACACACCUUUGUUCCAGCACAUUUUUGUUACGUUGCACCAUCUGGCUCGUUCAUCAUGUUCUUCGCUUACAGGGCCUUUUACAGUGCCUUUUUUCUUUGUUCCAUUGUUGCUUACUUUAUGUGUGUGUUUGUUCGUUGCAUGGCAUGGAUGCUUGAUUUUUUUCUCUGCUCGCUUUUAGAACACAGUUGUCCGCUUCUUUUAUCGUUGUGCAACGAAGCAUUUUAUUCCCAUGCUUGGUCAACCCUUCUUGUAUGGUUUUUUUCCCAAGUUUUAGGAUUCUGACGAUGCUGCCCUGUUUUGUCGUUGUCCAUGUUUUAAAAAUUGGUGCUUUUACAACCUGUACAAUUCCUUAGUCACUCUCACUGCCCCGUAGGAGACAGAAAUCUGGCUGCGAAGCUUACUGUGGGUCGAGGCUGCCCUCUUGUUUGUUUGUUUGUUUGUUUAUUUACAUGUGCACGCGGCAGCCUUGUUUCUGUGUGUGGUUUAAGUAUGUAGCAGUCGUGUAAGCUAAACUUUGUGGUGCUUGGUUCACUCACAAUGCUGUCUGUUUGGGUCGUUUAGGCCUAGGCCAGUACUGAUACAGUCAAUUUGCGAAAAUUCAAGACUUGAUAGAUGAUAAUUCUGGCUGGUUCAAACCAGUGUCGAAAUUCCGGUGUGCCCCCUGGUUUUCAGUGCAGUUUAAGCCGAUUCCAACAAAAGCUCUCAGUUAGUUCAGAUUGUGUUGUCCUGUGUGGCUUGUCCUGUCUAUGAACCUGAAUAUGUUUGGCUUAAAAAUUUCGGUAUUCGUGUCUUUUGGCCCAUACGUUGUACGACACCGGAUAAUUGAAACUGAGCCGCUCACUUAACCGCUACUUUAAUUAUUUUCUUCUAUUGUUAAUAAGAGUGGUGUAGCAUUGAUAUACGUUGCUCUCUCAUGCAGUGUGUAUAUUACAUAAGUUUCAGGUGUCUAGUUUAAAGCAUCUCUUAUCCAAAGUCGAGUAUACAACAUUCUGCAUCAGUAGCUUGAAGAACUGCCUGGGAUCAUUUGGGAUCCCCCCCCCCUUUUUUAGCAAACGUAUUUCGGAUGCGAGAUGUUUUACUUCAUACGCACAAAACGUGCAUUUUAUUAGUUUGCGAUUCAACCUUCAAAGAUAAGUUCAAAGUGGGAUGCAGUUAAUGACAGUAGGGGCCGUGCCCUCGGCCAGUAACGUUUGAGAAUACGGUCACUUUCACUUGACACAAUUGCUAUUGCGCUGAGUCACGCGACUUGGCACUGAAGACAUUGGUGUUGAUUGCAAAGUUGAUUGCAUUUCCGAAAUUGAUAGACCGAGGACGCUGCUCCUGCCUGCAAGUUCGCACUUACUCAGUUAUGCUUAUUUUUUAAUCACCACCUGUGUUCAACACACUGCAAUUUCUGGAUGAGCCAAGCCUAUAAGACAUCGAAGACUCAGAAAAAAUGGCGGCUGACAAGGCCUUGCCUUUCCAAUAUAAAAUAUGGCUUCCAGCGUGCAGUAAAUAGUUUUUAUCGACUGGUGGGGAUGCGUCUAUUAUUUAUAUGCCCCAAAGGGGGAUUGGGCUCAGUCAAGAAUGACCAAAGUUUCAUAAUCCAGAUGUUUUUGUCGUACUUGGAAACACUGCAGACUUCUCGCAAAGAGACUUGUGCUUUUGAGCUUACUUCUUAUUGUUGGUUACGUUGACUUCAGCUUAAAUGACUAAGCGCUUUGUUUUGCCCCGUAAAAUAGGGGUUGACAUGCUUAACUAUAAAAUAUCUUGGCUUUGGGCAGUGUAUAACACACGUACAGUGUCUCCCAUUUUUGUGGCAAUAACUUUCAGUCUUCAAAAAAUGCUUAGUGAUAAAGAAGGGUGCCCUAAUGUUUUGGCAUUCCCAUCACGCAUAUAAGCACGUGUGAAACACUGCGUCUUAGAACCAAGGCGUUGUUCUUUGUUUCUAUUUUUUUUUUAUUCUAUGGAGGAUUGAAUCAGUGAUGAUUGCUUUGAGCUGUGACACAUAGUCAAACUCAUUGCAAGAUCAAGUUUCAUGGUGCAGUUCCCCAGUGUGGCAUCCAUGACUUUCAUGUUUAAGAGACUUGUUGCUGACCCAGUUGUAACUCUUCCUGCAAACGUUCGAUCACUUCACGUUCCUUCUUGACUUUGGGGAGUAGAGGGCAGCACUGCUGCCCCUUUAUGAAAGUGCUCUGCUGUACUUUGGUAAACACUCAUCAACAACACCUACAAUGAGGAGUUGUUUAAAAAAAAUAAAAACACUCCUUCACUGUAGCACUUUGUACACAGUGGAAGUGAACGUGUGCUAGAGCGGAGCCACUAAGGCAGGGACAGAUCCUACUGAAGUGAACUCGCCUCACUUGGAAGGGCAGUGUACUGAGGCAAACGGGAGUACUUGGGGUGUCUUUCUGCUAUACAACAGUAAUCAUCAUCUGGCUUGCUUGCAUUUCGUUUCUCGAAAACUGCGCACUCGCUACUAUCCUGUCAAAAAUGCCGUGUCAUGCCGAUAGCCGCAGGCUGUUCAUGACCAGAAAGUGCCGGGUGUGCAAUGAUAACGCAAGGAACACACGUGAGAUAGGCACCAAUCAUUGUUGCGCAACAGAAAAAAUGCCCCAAACACGCCUUUUUUGGCAAGAGUGUACUGCACUUCAAUAGUACUCCCACACUGACACCUUAGAUGAGGAGCUGCUUGAGAAAUGCCCCUCCACUCCCACAACUUGGAGUCAUUGCUUGAGAAACGCCCCUCCACUCCCACAACUUGGAGUUGUCUGAAGCCACAACAGAAUUAGGGCUGAAAAUCACUAAGGCACUGCACUUAAGCCCAUCAGUUACUUCAGUAAUGUGGUGCUGUCCUUCAUACUUUAGAGGUAGUGCGUCAAAUGAAGGAACGUUCAGGAAGUUGGUUCAAGGCCGGCACUGCUGCAUUUGCAUGCCGAAACGUGUUUGCUUGUCAGUCACUGUGUUGGAUCAGCUGUUGCGUGGUGCUGGGCCAAGUUGGCUUUAGGACCACGAGGUAACGUUGUGGGCUCAUGCGAUGCUGCCUUGUGCUUUCACCCGACCACGCCUGUACUGCUAUACUUGUACAUCUGUGCAUCACCUGAAACGUGCACCCAAGGCUAUUAUAAAAUGGGGAUGUGCAAGUAGAAAAUCUGUUUACGUCAGCCGAAGUUGCCAGUGAUCGAAGAACUUCUUUCUUGCAUGUUGCCAGAACCACUAUUGUCUUGCAGUUCUUUUUUAAAAGUGAGCAUGGUUUGCUUGAACGCACAGUUGUCGCGAUGUUUGCUCAAUUGUUGCUGCCUAUGUUAACGGUACAGGACGACACUUUGAGAGGUUUCCAUAAUGUGCAGCAGCGAAUCGGAGGUUAACACGCCUUAUCGUAGUAGUCGGAACCACUCGUUUUGUCCGAGAAGCAAGAAAAUUUAGCCGUGUCGCCUGAGCACGUAACAGUCAAAAUGUGCUGCGCCUCCGAACAAAUAUUGCACAGGCCAGAAGUGUGUUUGUACAGUGCCAAGGCAUGCUAUGUUUCCACUGAUGUGACUUCAGAAAUGUGGGAUCUAAACUACAUUCUGUGUUGCCAACUCUGUGUAGUGCACUAAAAGCUUGUGUUGGCUGUGUGUUCCAAAGAAGCAAGGGAGGGGCAGUACUAAUAUUUCCACAAAACUCACAUUCACUCAGUGUUGCUUGAUCGGAAAAGGGCUGUGAAGAAGCCCUGGCUCUCUCUUGCCAUUGGUUAACGCAACUUGUAGCUUUUGCAGCACUGCGUUGAGUUGGCGAUACAGGAGUGCCAUGUGCAGCAACACUUAGGCCAAAGUAGUUAGUACAUUUGAUUCUAUUCUAUUUUCUAUCUAAACCAAUUGUUGGCAGGUUGCCGUAUUUUUUUAAGCAGUGGUUUCACUCGGCGUUCUGUGCAUGCUAACCUUGAAAAUGAACUAUGAACACGUGUUUUUUCGUUUGUGCCAGCCAACUUUUAAUGCAUCAAUGAGAAGUUGGAACUGUCGUAGAAUAAGUCUGAUGGACACUUUCGGACAUCUGUGCACCCGUGCAUUGUUCAAAGAUGUUUUCGCGCUGCAAGCAAAGAGAAGACUCUUGCAAGGCUUGCUAAACCGGGACCGGUUCCGAUCAGUGUAUGCCGCGUCGAACAACAAACACGAUACCAGGUGCGUUUCUCCGCAUCUUGGCUGUCGUCUACACUUUUUUUUUUCCUUGUCACGUUUGAUCUUUGUUGCGAUCUGCAAUGAGUGUUUGUAAGCGAAGAUGUAUGUUGAAAGACUGUCGCGGAGGAGCGUUGUCUCGUUUGUUGAAAGUGGCGCGUUGCAAUUGUGUCACCGCACCUGCUUGCUUGUUUGGCAGAGCACUAUGCGAGGUGUUUUGUGAGAACUGCUCUACUCCACUACGUUUCCCACUCAGCGGCAGUGACGUGCAAGAAAGCAGGGGUUUCCGAGUUUUUGAACUUUGAGCCCAUGUCGCCAGCUAAGUGCGUAAAUUUGUUUUGCUGCGUCCGCCUUACCAGCUGGAUUCGCUGUAUAUGCUAUGCUGCCGGAAAUAACGCAGUUUUACAGCUGGUAGUCGUACACGCAGCUAAAGAAAAGAAGAGCGAAUUAGAGGAAGCAGCAAAUGUGUACAGGCUUCGUACAAGACUGCCGAAGGUGCAGUUGCAGCUUUUAUUUUAUUUGUGCAGAUGCGCUACAUGUAGCUUAUAAUGUGUUACCGUGUUUGUUAACGUAACUACAAAAGUCCAAAGAGUUUUUUUUAUUGUACCACGACUAUGUUUCACCUCCGUUUCAAACUGCGUGCUGCCGUUCUCACCUCCUUGUUGGUAGUCGUAUCUAGCAACGAGUGAACGGAAGGCGGUUCCUUCGAAACUCGGGCGAUGGGAUUAAGAAAAUUUGCAGACAAGCGUUGCCUGCGAGCAACAAGACCUCUGCGUGCCGCUGUUAUGCCUGUCAAAAUGGGGGAAUUGUUCUGUUUGGUCAGCAGGUAUGGCGUAUUUGUGGUGUGUUUGCUGGAAACGUCGGGAAGGCUUGCCGGUGCCAAGCUUAUUUUGGACAUCGUAGCUUGUAGUAGUGACUUAGCGGCCCGAUCACUUAGUGAACAGAUGCCCUGCUGCCUUUAAGCCCCACCCCCCCUCGAGUAAAGUUCUAGUCUUGUUGCGUUUCACGCUUGCCUUUUUUUUUGUCUUCUUUUUGAGAGUAUACUACAUUUCUUUAGACAUUUGCGAGGGAUAAGCAGGGGGCUUUGCAUUGUGCGGCAUCGUCAUUUCGAAUGUAUACAUGCUGUUAUUAGAGAGAAAGAGAGAGAGCCUGCUUAAAUACUCUGGCAAUUCAUCAAUGUAUGUAUUUAUUCCACGACGAAAAUAAAAUGUACAGUCUGUUUUAGUGACAAUAAAGAGAGUCUGCAAAGCAA